AUGCUGUUGGGUGCUUCAGUGUUUUGGUCCAUUUUGGGCACAGAGAAGGUUGAAUUAGGUAAAGGUAAGCCUCUACUUCAUGGAACGAAGCUGGGAUUCGUGAUUGCUGGGACUAUGCAUUUAAAAUCAGGACAAAUGCAAGUGCAUAAGCAAUCACAACCAGAAAGGUGUCAUUUCUCAUCUAACUGUUCGGUUCAGGGGCAGUUAGAAAAAUUUUGGGCUCUAGAAGAAAUAGGUUAUGAGAAACGACUAACAAGGGAAGAAGAAGAAUGUGAAAGAUUUUUCGCGGAAACGACGAAACGAAGCGAAGAUGGCAGAUUCGUUGUCAAGUUGCCAAUACGUGUCGGGGUACCAGAGUUAGGCAAUUCAGUCAAUGUGGCGAUAAAAAGGUUUUCUUCAUUGGAGAAAAAAUUAGAAAGGGACAAUGAAUUGAAGGAAAUGUAUCACGCAUUCAUAAGAGAAUAUCUUUCAUUGGGCCAUAUGUCUAGAGUAUAUUCGGAUAAGGAAAUUAAUGAACCGGUGGCGUAUUAUCUUCCACAUCACGCGGUUAUUAAGAAAACAUCACUGACCACCAAGCUAAGAGUUGUUUUUGAUGCCAGCGCACCAACUAACACUGGAGUGUCUUUAAAUAAUCAGCUAAUGGUUGGUCCAAAGCUGCAAGAUGAUAUUUUUGAUAUACUAGUACGUCUUAGGAAAUAUGCAGUAAUCAUAACAGCUGAUGUGGAGAAAAUGUUUAGGCAGGUUUGGGUUGCGGAGGAGGAUCAGGAUCUGCAAAGAAUUUUAUGGAGAUUCAACCCGGGGCAAGAUACAUGGAAGAAGCCUGGAGAGAUUAAGAAAGGGAUCAGUCAGGUGUUAGCUUCGGGUGGUUUUAUCCUGAGAAAAUGGAGUUCUAAUAAACCAGAAACUCUGUUAACCUGCGAUGAGCCAAAUGUGGAGCAUUAUAUAUCAGGAGAUAGCACUUCGAAAACACUAGGUAUCAGAUGGAAUCCACACCUAGAUACCUUGCACUACGAUUGUCCUGAAGAUUAUGGUGUUUUAUUGGACAAUAAGGUAACCAAACGCAUAAUUUUGUCAUUGAUAUCGCAGAUAUUCGAUCCUUUGGGACUGUUGGCUCCUGUUAUUAUUAAAGCUAAACUUGUACUUCAACUAUUAUGGAAGGAAAAGAAACUAAAGGUGUUUCAAAUAGAACGGCAGGUUAUAUGCACAGGGUCUAGGGAUUUUCAGAUACAUGGUUUCUGCGACGCUUCGCAGAAGGCUUACGGGGCUUGUAUUUUUGUGAGAUCAGUAGACCAGAAGGGAGAUUGUCACGUAAGGUUGUUAUGUUCGAAAUCACGGGUUGCUCCACUUAAAGUAAUAUCUCUUCCCAGAUUAGAAUUAUGUGGUGCUCUUUUGUUGGCUAAGUUGGUUAAGGCAGUUUUACAAGCGAUCGAUAUAAAUCCGUCUCAAAUAAGGUAUUGGUCGGAUUCGUCCAUUGUGCUGUCUUGGUUGUCAAGGGAACCUUCGACUUGGACAACGUUCGUGGCAAAUAGGGUCGCGGAGAUUCAAAACCUCACGGGAGGCAACCAAUGGGGUCAUGUACCAUCAGAGCAAAAUCCGGCGGAUUUGGUCUCCAGAGGUACUGACUGUGACAGCUUAAGUGUAAAUUCAUUAUGGUGGGAAGGCCCAUUCUGGUUAUCUCGCGAAGAGAAUUACUUUCCUCAAACUCAGAUUCCUAGUGUUGAUGUUAUUCCUGAGCAGAAGAUAGUAAAACAUUCAUAUAUCGUGACGGAUCUUAAUAAGGUGCUUAGAAGGUUCUCGAACACCCCAAUAAAUGGCUUCGAACAUUCUUUAUUGUUUAAGAUUUUGGCAAAAUUGUGCAGGGCUUCUAAAAGAGGGGAACCACCUAGAAUAGGUCCAUUAACGGUACAGGAACUUGAUAAAGCAUGGACAGUGGUAAUCACAUUAGUUCAACGUGAAGUUUUUGGUGCUGAAAUUAAGGCCAUAGAAGGGGGAUGCGGGCUGGAUAGACGAAGUAGAAUUUUGUCUCUUAAUCCAUUUUUGGACAAGGAUGGGCUAUUAAGGGUAGGAGGUCGGCUAGCCAAGGCUAAUCUUAGUUAUAAUCAGCGGUUUCCGGUAAUACUUCCAAAUAAACACGACGUCACGCGUUUAAUCAUUCUAUGUGAGCACUACAAGCAUUUACAUGCAGGCGCUCUUAGCAGUAAUGCGUCUCAAAUACUGGCCCAUAUUAGGGCGAAACCAAGGGAUUUUAGGCAAUACAUGGGGGAGUUACCAAGUAGUCGUAUUGUUCCAAGUCGGCCAUUCGAAAAUUGUGGGGUUGAUUACGCAGGGCCAUUUUUUGUUAAAUCAGGCACAGUUAGAAAACCUGUUAUUACCAAGGCGUAUUUAUGCGUCUUUAUAUGCUUCGCGACUAAGGCGGUCCACCUAGAAUUGGUCGUUGAUCUAACGACUCAAGCUUUUCUUAACUGCUUUAAGAGGUUCAUCGCACGUAGGGGACUUUGUAGGAAUGUGUACUCCGACAAUGCGACAAAUUUUAUAGGGGCUAAUAAUGAACUUACGGAACUUAGUCGAUUUUUACAGGAUAAGGGUAACCAGGAGGUUUUCUCACAGUAUUUCUUACAAGAACAAUAUUUAUAA